GCGCAGGGUGCGGGAAGAGGAGGAUGCUGUUCUCAGUUUUGGGCUGGGAAGAAUCGUCAUCCGUGGAAUGGUGGGGAAGAAGCAAAGCACGGCUUAGGGGAAUGAGCGAAAGAAGCCGUGCCUGCUCGGUGGGGCACAACCCAAGUGGGCAAGCAUUUCACUCCUGAAGAUCAGCUGCAAACGUCUAAUUUUCUUUCCUGUUGGGCUAUCGAGGAUCCAAGCAGCAGAAGCUGAAAGUAGAGAGCGAAGGUAAUGCAUGAUUGACACACCCUGGAGAAAGUGCCACUGCUCCAGUUACAGGCCUCCCAGCUGAUCCAUUUCCUUCUCUCUUCUUGUUCACUCAAGUUGCCUGUUGUCCUCCAAGGCUAAGGUCCAAGGAAGCUCUUAGCUAAUCACUUGACAAAGAGCUCUUUGUUAUGGAUUCCUCUGAAGAAAUCUGACUCUCUUCUCCCAUCCCCAGGAGCUGACAACAGAUCUGAAUGAGGAGUGUUGGGACAGUGAUCACCAUUCCCUACCAGUCCAUUUGUGGCUUUGCAAGUGCUUAGGGAAGCCAUUUCUGGACUUGAGCUACUUGCAAUGUCUCCCUUAUUUGUAGCUCUUCUUUUUCCGUGGGUCCUUGUGGCGCAUGCUUCCAAGGCUUGCCCCCACCCGUGCUUCUGCUAUGAAUCCUCCAGCUUUGUGGACUGCCACGGCCGGCACCUGACCCAUAUCCCCCAUGGCAUUCCUCACAACACGUGGAUGCUGGACCUGAGGGUCAACAAUCUGAGUGGGCUAGAGGGAGACUGCUUUGAUGCCUUGUGGUCUAUGAAGAUUCUUCUCUUGUCCCACAAUUCGGUUUCCAGGAUGUGGCCCAAAGCGUUCAAAUCCCUGGGCUUCUUGGAGAAGAUGGAUCUCAGCCAUAACCUCCUUGUCCGUCUGCCGCGGGACUUCUCAAAUGACUUGGCUUCCCUGAAGGAUCUCAAGCUGGCUCACAACCACUUGGUAGCUUUGGGGUUUGAAAGCCUGCAGUACUUGGAGAACCUGGAGAAGCUAGAUCUGAGCCAUAACCGGGUGGCUUAUAUUGAGAGAGGAACUUUCCGGGGUCUGUCCAGACUCCGACACCUCUACCUUCAGUAUAACAAGCUUGUGGUCAUCCACAAUGGCUUCUUCUUCAUGCUCCAGAACCUGGAAAUCCUUCUGCUGAACAACAACAACAUCAGCUCCAUUGAGGUGGAAGCCUUCACUUCAUUACACAACAUGAAUCUUUUGGGACUAACUGGCAACCAGCUCAUUCAUCUCAAAUUCAAGACUUUCCUGAACAUCCAGACCAUCAGCACCCACAUCCAGCUCUCAGGCAACCUAUGGGCUUGCGACUGUGACCUCCAGCGGGUUUUUGGCAAGAUCAUGAGUGUCCGACACCUCCAUGUGGAUGACUAUGAGAACAUCACCUGCGCCAGCCCCUGGCAGUUAGCUGGCUCACCUCUCCACUCUGUGGACAGCCAGCUGUGCGUUGCAGAGACGGCUACCGUGUUGGUGAUCACCGUCACUGUCUUGGUGACGGUCAUUGCUGCCAUUGUCAUGGCAGAGCGCAACAGGAAGAAGAACCACGAAAAGAACUGGAAUGAACCAGAAAGCCUUUUUGACUCACAAGAGAAAUGAGAUGGGGAAGUUGGGGUAGGGUGAACAGUUAAGUAACUGAAACUGGUUUUCUAGUGUCCUUUGAACCCCUGCAUUAGUCUGAUACAUAACUCCGAGCUCAGGGUUGGCUCUAGGCCAGCGCUGACAACUUCAGCCCUCCAGCUAUUUUUGGACUACAACUCCCAUACUCCCUAGCCACAGGGGCCAAUAAUCAGGUAUGAUGGGAGCUGUAGUCCAACAUUUGCAGGAGGGCCAAAGUUGCGCAGCCCUGCAGUCUAGGCUGUCACCCUGUGCAAAAAUUGAAAUUGGUGGUCACCCCCCGUCCCCUUGUGAAAAAUACAUGUAUUAUCAGUUUCACCCCAGUGGCGAAACCUCUGUAUGGUGCCCUCUUGUAGCACCCAUGGGUGGUGAUGAGUGGUGCCCCCCUGAGAGUGGCACCAUGUCUGGCCACAUAGGUCUCACACUUCUAAAGGCAGCCCUAUCUGGGUUUUCCUAUCCACUUUUAUCCAAGACAGGUAGCUGGACUGUCAGUCUGCUUCUUCUAUUCUCCUCCCUUUCCCUGAGAGGCAAGACAUUACUGCACUGGUAACGCAACCCUUUCCCAAACUUCCCAAUAAAAUGCUGGGAUGGGGCUACAGCUGCCUGUCUUAUUUUGAGUUAUCUAGAACCGUCUGAUUCACCUUCUGACUCUCCCUGUCGAGGAGACAGCUCUAGGAAGUGCCACUCAUAUAAAUGCAAAGGCAAGAGAGAUCAAGUGGCAUCUUUCUUGCCCCUUGAGGUUGCAUCUUCAUGGGCUUCCUGUUCUUCUGCUCCCAAUUUGGUCCAUUAAAAAAAACGAGUGGUGUGUAUGUGGAUCUUGCAUCUGGAUUACCUACUCGGGGAUGGCAUGUAGUGUUCCCUGUAACAAGGAGUCCCAGAUGUUGUUGACUACAAGUCCCACCAUCCUCAGCUGCAGUGGCCUUUGGCUGGGGGUUAUGGGAUUUGUAGUCCACAACAUCUGGGAAUCCCCUGUUACAGGCAACACUGAUGGCGUGGUAUAGACCAUCACCCAUUCUUCCAUGCAGCUAGAUAUGGACCAACCACAUAGUGAACACAGGUGACUGACCUCGUGCAUAUGAUCCCUGGCAAAUGUACCACACAGAGGUGACUUUGGGGUUUCAGUGGGUCCCUAUGCUGCAAGUCUUUGAACAGCUGCAGAUGAUGUAUUUAUGAUGUCUUCUAUGGAAUGUUCUAUACCUGGGCAAAAGUAGCUUCUGUACAGGAUAAGAUUUUAAGAACACUCCAUCCCCUCACUCCACUGAGGAUGCUUCCACUUUCGACAGUGUUUCUCAUUUUCAUUAUAUUUGUAAUUUGUGAGAAAUAAAAAAUAUCU